AUGGCUUCAUUUUCUCACUGGAAUUUGAAUACGGAUAAUUCUGCCUUUAAGCUAGACAACGAGAUUGGUGGAAUGAGUAACGUUUCCGCAAACUUUUCUCAACAGCAACAGCAACAGCAACAGCAACAGCAACAACAACAAUCACUCUUUAAUAGUAACACCAAUAACAUGAGCAACCCUAUCAAUACUACCACAAAAAGGGACUAUAUUAUAACCGACAGUGAAAAGGACUCCAGUUCUGCUCAAGUGCCUGGCCGAAUUACUACGCCGAGAACUUACCGCAAAAAGGCUGCAUCAACAAACAAGCGGAAAUCCUCUUUGAAUAACAUUUUAUCACCACAAGUUACCGAUGCUCAGCUGCGGUACUCGUUCCCUGAUUUUUCUACUGCAUAUGACGAUGUAAAUUCAAGUCCAACACGAAAAAGCAAUGUAGAGUCUCGGCUAGGCCCGGCGCCUGGCCAAUCUACAACUACAAACUUUGGCACCAAUACGCAGAAGCAAUACAACAUUCCAGAGUUUUCACAGAAACUUAACGAUUUCAUUAUUGACAGCGAUUCCUCGGAUGCCUUUGGGGGUGUUUCUCCAAUUUCUCAAAAGGCUAUGGGAAAUAGUGUCAAUUCUCGUCCCAAUACCAAUGAUUCUGCAAAGGCUGGGCCCUUCAGUACAAACAUUGGCUCUCUUCCAACCUCCUUUGCACAAAAGGAAAAUAAUAAUAAUAAUAACAAUAAUAAUAAUGCAGGAUAUGUUUCUAAUGCAGAUACUAUUAGAAACGGUAUUAAUCUUGGUUACAAAAUCCCCGAAAUGAAUAGACCGUACAAUAAUAACGACGAUCCUAACAACAACUCAUCUGAAAAGGUGUCUUCUUCUGGUGAACCCAGAUAUACAAAGUCUCAAAACUACAAUAAUUAUAACUCAGACAAGUACAAUCUUCAGCAAGAACUUCCGCAACCAGUUCCUUUGAAACGUGAUAGUAACAAAAUUAAAAAGAGUCGAAACCCAGAUAUUGGCCUUCCCCAGAUUCCAAUUACUAGUGCAUUUUCAACCAGCGAUGAUGGUGCAAGCAAAGUUCAGCCAACCCGCGGUGCCAAGGAAUACCACCCAAUAAAAGCUCUGGUAGAUUUAGAGAAUGUCAAUGACCCGAUCAAUCCAGUUACAUUAGAGUAUGCUUUUAAGGACCUGCGGGUUGAAACCUCUAAAGCCGAGAAUGAAAACAAAACAUUGCGAGAUAGGUUGAACCAGGUGGAACGAACGCUUACUAAAGUUAUGGCUGAACGUGAUGAGCUGGAAGCUAUGUACUCAAAUUUGGAAAAAAGACACGGUGAUUACACUCAAAACAUUAACAAUCUGAAUGACAAUGACAAAAAACACAUUUCAAGUCUUCGUGACAAGAUUACCACCCUUGAAGCAAAUUUGGAAAACAAGACACGAAAGUAUGAUACUGCUAAAAUCAAAAACAGAAAUUUGGCAGGCCUUCAUGAUGACUUGGAAAAACAAUUCCAGUUAAGAGAGCAGGAGCUUACCUUUCUCAAAAGUAAAGUAUCGACAUUGCAAUUAGAAAACGACUACCUGAAAAUAGAUCUUGAGAAUGCACGCCAGGGUAAACAGCCCGUCCCUGUACCCGGUAUAGAGAGCGAAUUGAGCAAACUUCAAAGACAACUUGAUGAACUGAAGCAAAAGAGUCAACGGGAACAAUCCCCUUCUUCUCAGCCCUUACCACAGACUGAAUUUCAGACUCCUCAACAACAGACUCCACCUCCAGCCACUAGUACUCCACUGCCCCUACGAGAGGCUCCUGCUCAAACGUUUGCCCCUGCAUCUGUUGGAUCAGGGUUGUCAAUAAAAGAGAGCAUUGAUACCUUAGAACGUGAACUAUCUCGCAUAAAAAAUACCAUUUUGGGCGUUGGAAAAUUUCAGGAAACAUCGGAACCCGUUCCUGUAUCUACAACUGCAACUGCACCCACUCCUAUUCCCAUUUCCCUCGCAGCACCUACUGUAACUUCGGUUCCCACUAAUGUACCAGCCCCUAUUGUGCAACCAGUUUCUCAGGUACCUGUUCAACCAGCUGAUGGCCAAAACCCUGUUGAUAAGUCGAUAUAUGACCUUGCAGUUAAACUGGCUGAAAUUAUUAGCUUACAACAAACUAUGAAUGACCCAAACCCUAGUGUCCCCGUAGCAACUUCUGAAAAUAAACCAAUUAUUUCUGAAGAUGUGACUGAGCAAGAUGCAGUAAAACUAAAAGAUACAUCCAUGGAAAGUAUUUUAGAGAGACUUGUUGAUGUUUUGGAACGACGAUCAUCUUCAAGCAACCCUGUUGAAAGUCGACCAAGUUCUUCUGCAUCCAGAGUAACGAUUCAAAGCCCUAAGGACAACUCACAAACUUCUUCUAGAUCAAGCAGUGGUUCACAACAAACCCGAAACCCUUCUGAUUCUACGACUGCAAUUAAUGAUGAAAAUGAUGAUUCCAACAUUACCGGAGAGGAAACUUUUACAGAGUCUAUGAGCGAAGAGUUCAUUACUAUUCCCCUUAGCGUGUACAGAGAGCAGCAGCGACUGAUUCGACGGGCUAGCAACGGAAAAUCACGGCAGCAGCAGCCUAUUCCAUCGCAACCUCAACCUCAACCUCAACCUCAACCUCAACCUCAACCUCAACCUCAAUCUCAAUCUCAAUCGCAGCCGCAGCAGCAGCACUUUCAACACACACAACCCCCAACACAACAACAACCUUCUUCUUCAAUCUCAACUUCAGUUCCAGCUCCAGUAUCUACUCCAGCUCAAUUCCAGUCAUAUCCCCAAGCUCAACCUUUGUAUCAACAAUCAGCACCCCCUUCUAAUACUGCUCAACCAGUUUAUCAACAGCAAAAUAUUACUCCUGAACCAGUAUAUCAGCAACAGCAAUAUCAGCCCCAAUACCAACAACCGUUGCCGCAAUUUCAGCAACAGGUUCCUUCACAUCCACAAUUCCAGCAGGUCCCUCCCACCCAGCCUCUUUUUCAACAACCAUCUCCACCCCAACCCCCGCCACCACAAAAGGUAGACCCUUUAGUUCAAAAUACUGUUCUUCCGUGGUCUGAAGUCGGCAAAGGUCCUCACUCUCCUAAUUGCUCUUGCAAUUUGUGCAAGACCUAUAAAACGUCUGGGACUCGACCUUCAUCUUCACCUUUAGAAAAUCCGCAUCAAAGAACUAGCACAAGAAAUACUCACUCCGAGGACUAUAGUUGGGAGGAAGAGAAUACCCCACGGCCUACAACAUCAGCAGAAGAGGCUCUUCGCAAUGUUUUGAACCAGCUGGAAGAGGAGUAUGAUCAGCUAAACAACAAAUUUAAGCAACUCACUACUUCAUUUGGCGGAGGAGAUCCUGCCGUACGUAAAAGACAACGUGACCGAAUUGCGGAACGAAUUUUAGUUGUUACCAAAGAAAUUCAAAAUAAAGCCGAUCAAAUUUAUGCACUUCACGAUGUCAAUCUGGCUGCCCAUUUGAAUGUGGAGUCUAACAAGAAACCGGCCGAUGAGUCUCGGAAGCCUACUGGUAUUCUGCCGACACUUUAUGGGAAUGGUGAACCGCGCGAUGCGGCAGCACCCAAGAACACUAAACGAGCAUCUUCUAAUUCUACAAGCAAACCACCUAGCUUUUACCAACCAUAUAUCCCAUCUGAGAAUGAAGACGAGUAUGAUGGGGAAUCUGAUGAUGCAUUAGAAUCAGAUCUUAAUACCACAGAAAUUACAGGCAAAUAUGUCUGGAAAGCCUAA